AUGCCGUCGUUCUUCUCCUCUACCUUUCCUACCUUCCCUCCCACUCCACCUCAUGUUAUUGGCAGUCGUCACGAAUCAGAGACGCUCUUCUACCCGCCCAAUAAUUCCUCCCUAGUCAUGAGAUAUCCUCAAAACGGCUAUGAUUUUAUCGAAAAGUACUCGCAGACCGCCAGCUACCAAAGCCAUGGUCCUAUGACCACGCACUCGCAGCCGUUACAUUCCGUACACGGAGGUCGGGACCUGGGUUCUGCUCAAACGAUGGCUUCUCACCAGGCUCUUCCGCAAUCCAUGUAUGGUACUUUGAACCCUUCUAUCCUGCCUCCCAUUCGUUCAAGCACGAAGCUUCCUCCGAUGGAAAAUGUGAUUCCUCCCCAGUAUCGCCGGCAAGAAAACCUUUUUCACCAGGACUCUCGACCAAAUGAGGAUAAGCCGACCGGAGGAGUUGCGGCCCACUUGGAUUACGAGAUGGAUCAAAUGUCGGAUUUCGUGGCGGAAAUGGCCCAGGGAAUGUAUGCUUUGUAUAUCUCCAAGAUUGUACUUGCAGAUAUUGACUUCGCUCGAAGUGUUUAUCCAGGAACAACAGUCCCUCCCCAAUUCCGAAAAUACGUCUCGCAAAUUCUUUCUUCAACUCGCCUACCUAGUUCCACCAUUCUUCUAGGACUUUACUAUUUGGCAUGUCGAAUGCGAAUGCUUUCAGCAGCCGAUAUAUACAAGUCGGGAAGCUCUCAGGUCUACCGCAUGCUUACGACUGCUCUUUUGCUUGGCAGCAAGUUCCUCGAUGACAAUACCUUCCAAAAUCGCUCCUGGGCUGAGGUCAGCAAUAUUCCAGUUGCAGAAUUGAAUGCGAUGGAAUUGGAGUGGCUUUUCGGGUUUGAUUGGAAUAUCCAUAACCGCAUCCACAACAAGGAAGACGGUUUCAUGUCGUGGAAAGCACAUUGGGACACUUGGCGUGUGAAGGCUGAUGCAAGGGCGAACGAGUCUCGGAGUAAGCUCACUCCGAUUGACACAAAUAUCCAAAGACAGCAUGCAUCUCAACAGAAGGCACUGCUGUCCCCUGACGGACCAAUCCCUCCUCAGUAUCAGAGGGGGGGUGCGUGGUUAAACUCCAAUACGUCGGAUUACUCUCCCUCUUCAGCGCCCCAUAGUGGCCCUAACACGCCUGAUUAUUUCUGUCCUGCCCCGUGGGCAUACAAUAAUCCACCACCACCAUAUUCACGUGGCUGGGUCGUCCCUCAAAAAUAUAUUCCUCCAGCUCCCCGAUCUCAACCGCCAUCCUAUCACCACACCCCGUCCUACACCCACGCCUUCUCGCCAGUGGCUUGGACUGGCCAUAGAUCAUCCUUUUUUGGCAUUCAACCUGUCGUCGGUUAA